UAUGUAAAUCUCAGUCUUGUUCAGAUCGCAGUUCAUUCAACAUGAAGCGAUUUCUGAUCGGUACGAUUUUACUCGCAUCUCUAGUAGUUGCUGGUACCUGGGCAAUCGAGGGUGUCAAGGGAGGCCAUCGUCCUCGUUAUCCAACGAGCGCCAAUCAGUACGGUGGGAACAACAAUAGCGUGCUUUGCUACAAAACAGUCCCAUACAAUCAUGCAUUGGCUUAUAAUACGACUAGCGGAGUGCCUUACAAUACGAUCCCUUUGCCGCAGGACAAUCAGGACUAUGCUCAUAGUCAUGGAUUCAUAACGAUUUUGGACUGCUGCGAGGGUUACAAGCGUAACAUUACGAACGGUAAUUGCGAUUUUCAUUGCGAGCAAGGCUGUUUCGGGGGCGAAUGCACUGGGCCAAAUCAAUGCACUUGCAAACCCGGCUGGUUUCCUGAAAAUGGAGUCUGCAUGCCUGUUUGUCAGCAGCCAUGUCAAAAAGAUGCUUACUGUUUUUCUCCGAAUGUUUGCGCGUGUAAAUUGGGCUAUGACGAAGUGAAUGGCGAAUGCAGGCCAAUCUGUCCCGGUGGUUGCAGAAACGGCGAGUGCAUCGCACCACGCGUUUGCAGAUGCAAGUCUAGUUACGUAUUGAACAAUCUUCAGGAAUGUGUCCCUGUCUGCGAAGGUGGUUGCCCCCAUGGCGAAUGUACAGCACCCGGUAUUUGUACUUGUUAUGAAGGGUAUACGAAUCCACCGAAUGAACGAGAAUCUUGCGUUCCUUAUUGCCAAAAUAAUUGCAACGGUGGCCAAUGUAUCUCACCUGGUAUCUGCAAUUGUAUCCAAGGUUACGUGCGUAACUCAAAUGGUGGGUGUUCACCGGAUCCCGCGUCGAAUCAAUGUAGAUACGGUUGCGGUCAGCACGGCGUUUGCAUCGGUUACAAUCGUUGUCAAUGCGAAACAGGAUUUAAAUCAGAACCAGACACAGGUCGAUGUGUACCAGAUAAACGAUCAGAUCAACCACCCUAUGGACAACCGGAUCAACCACUUUACGGACGACCAGUUGAUCAACCAACCUAUGGACAACCGAUCAAUCAACCAACCUAUGGACAACCGGUUAAUCAACCAUCCUAUGGACAACCGAUUAAUCAACCAACCUAUGGACAACCGGUAAAUCAACCAACAUACGGACGACCGGUCGGUCAACCAACUGGUAGCCAAUACGAGCCUAUUUGCGAUUUACCCUGUCUGAACGGCGAAUGCACUGGUUUUAAUCAGUGCACCUGCAGACACGGCUACACAUUCGAACAAAAUGAUCACACACGAACAAGAUGUGUACCCGUUUGCAUUGGUGGUUGUUCCAAUGGAGUCUGCACGGAACCAAAUCAUUGUAUCUGCAAUCCCGGCUACAAGAAAGAUCUCGGUGUCAAAGGUAGACAAAGAUGCAUACCGAGCUAUAUAAGAAAGAGAUCAAAAAAUACCAUGAAGUCGUUAUUUUUCUUCCUUCUUUGUAUAUUCAUCAUAGAAAUGGAAUAUUCUGUAGUAAAUUCUGAACUUAACGAUCAAGGAUACUGCACUAGAUCCAUCAGUUACAGAGAAUCGCGAAGUGUUCCAUACCUUGAAACUUAUAAGGAAAAGAAAUGGGGAAUCUUUUAUACAACAAAGUAUCGAUGGAACUAUAGAACUGAGUAUUACACGAAUUGGAAAGAAGAAAGGAGAUGCUGUAACAUGUACAUGAAACAGAACGAGAAAUGCGUACCCAUAUGCUUCCAUGAUUGUGGUCACGGUGAUUGCGUGAGACCUAAUACUUGCUCCUGCCAUAAGGGAUAUCAAUUAAUGAAUUCUCACAACCCAGUUUGCGUGGCCAUUUGCAAACAUCCCUGCGUGCAUGGUCGUUGUACGGCACCUGAUGUUUGUUCAUGCAAUCCUGGUUAUCGGAUGAAUUCAGACGGAUUUACUUGCGAACCGAUUUGCAAUCCAAACUGUGAUUUGAAAACUGCAUUCUGUUCAGAACCAAAUCUCUGUACAUGUCGUAAAGGAUACCAAAAAAUCGAUUACACGACCUGCAUGCCUAUAUGUAGCUUACCGUGCGACAAUGGUAAUUGCACAGCACCUGACACCUGCACUUGCAAUCAGGGAUACUCUUUAGACCUUUACAAUAAGUUCAUCUGCAAGCCGAUAUGUGACAAAUGCGUAGAUGGCACUUGCACUGCACCAGGAAUUUGUACCUGUGUUCAAGGUUAUUCAUUGAACGAGGAAGGCUAUUGCAAGCCAGUCUGUAGUAAAUCUUGUCAUAUGGGUAUUUGUAUCGCACCUGAAACUUGCAUGUGUCAUGAGGGUUAUGGCUUCCUUAACGAUUCAACGAACGUAUGCGAACCGAUCUGUCUAAAAGCAUGCGUUAAUGGCUUUUGCAAACAUCCUAAUGUUUGCGAGUGUCAUGAAGGAUUUCAGAAGACAAGCGAGGAGACAAGCUUGCACAUUUGUAUACCUCAUUGUAAUAGUCCGUGCGAACCGUAUGGAGAAUGUACCGCGCCUGACGUUUGUACCUGCCAUGCGGGGUAUUCGCUCGCUGAUAACGACGAAGCUAUUCACUUUGACGAAGAAUCGGUAUGCAAACCUAUUUGUAAAGAAGAGUGCGUUAAUGGAUUUUGUACUUCACCAAAUUACUGUAGCUGCUGGUCAGGAUAUAAACAUUCCGACAUUAACAACGUUUGUAUACCAGUCUGCAAUCCUACUUGUUCGUUACAUAGCUAUUGCGAGGCACCUAACGAAUGUAUCUGCGAUGAGGGAUACCAGUUAGCGACAGAUAAUAUAGAGAAAAAUAAUAUGACUUAUAUUUGCGAGCCGAUUUGUAAGGAAGAAUGCAUUAACGGAUUUUGCAACGCACCAGAUGAAUGCAGUUGCAAUAUAGGCUAUGAAAAAUUGAACGCUAUCAAGUCUAAUGUUUGUAAACCAAUUUGCGAACCUUCUUGUUGGUCUCAUAGCAGUUGCACAGCACCUAACGUAUGCACUUGUGAUGAAGAUUAUGUUUUAAUAACAAACAAAGAAAAUUCGUCUAAGUGCGAACCAAACUGUCAGCCUGCUUGCCCUCCUAACAGCAUUUGUAAAAUUCCAGGACUAUGUCUUUGCAAAGAAGGUUAUCAUUCGUAUUAUGAUAACAAUUCUAUGAACUGCGAGCCGAUCUGCGAAUUCGAUUGCAAAAACGGUAUCUGCUCUUCACCUAACACCUGUAGCUGCGAACUAGGUUACAUUAACAACAAAAACGGCUCAUGCGUGGCCCAUUGCUCAAUCGAUUGCGGUAAUGGGACCUGUACAGAACCAGAAGUUUGUAGCUGCAACGAAGGCUACGUAUUAACGGAGGAAAGUUUAACUUGCGAACCAUAUUGCAAAAAUAAUUGCACUAAUGGCAAAUGCGUAGCACCAGAUGAUUGUCGUUGUUACGAUGGUUUUAUAAAAAACGGCAACGAUACCGAUUCAAUAUGCAUUAACGCCUGUAAGGAUGCUUGCAACGAAAAUGGAAUUUGUCUCGACGAUCAAGGUAACUGUGAUUGUUUUUUCGGAUGGAAUGGAACAGCCUGCGAAGAACCGACUUUUUGUAUAGUCGACAUUUUAGAGGGAUAUAAAGCAUAUGAAACAUUAUCAAUCAUAAAAGGACAAAGUCAUUCGAAGAUAUUAACGAGCGAAACCUAUCCAACCUGCCAGCAAUGCUUGAGCGAAGUCAAUAAUCAGACAACUUGUUUCGAAUUUCAAGAUAAUAUCUUCGGGGAACAAAAUUACUCGGCCGUAUGUCUCGUCGACGCAGCUUCAAUGUGCUACAUAACGCAUAGCCCCAUGAAGGAAAUUGUGAAAGUUAGCGUCGCCGUCGGAGGAGUAGCCGUUUUAAUUAUGAUCACUUCGAUUGGCGUUGCUUGUUAUAAGUUUAAAAAGCAAAAAAAUAAAUAAAUAAUUUUUUUAUUGUAACAAAUAUAAAAUAGUAAAUCAUCCUAGAUUUAAAGUAUCAAACAAUAUGUUUUCCAAAAAUAAUACUAACCUUUAAUAAUAGUAACAUCUACUGAAAAUGCAUUAAAGUAGACGAAGAAAAAAAAUAGAAAUUCUUUCGUGAAUCUACGCAAGAUAUAUUGUUCACAUAAUUGUGUUAUUUUUAUAUCAAUGUUACAGCUGAAAUUGUUAGAUCAUUGAAAUAAAUAAAUAAGCCAUGUUAAAUAAUGAUGGAUCGUA